AUGAAGCCAUGCAUGACGGCUCUAAGACAAGUGAUUCAGCCAUUGUUGAGCUACCAAGGAACAUCCCCCGGUUUAAACAUGGUCGACGUUCCGUUUUUCCGGAGAAAAGACAAGGUCGUAUUCGUCAUGGGCGCCACCGGAACCGGCAAAUCCCGUCUCGCCAUCGACCUGGCCACUCGUUUUCCGGCGGAGAUCGUUAACUCCGACAAGAUCCAAGUCUACAAAGGUCUCGACAUCGUCACCAACAAAGUCACUCCGGAGGAAAGCCUCGGUGUCCCUCACCACCUCAUUGGCACCGUCGAAAAUACUAACGAAGAUUUCACGGCGGAGGAUUUCCAGCGGGAAGCAAUCAGAGCCGUUGAGUCAAUUGUCGAGAGAGACCGUGUCCCGAUCAUAGCCGGUGGUUCUAAUUCUUACAUCGAGGCUUUGGUCAACAAUUGCGUUGACUUCCGGUUAAGGUACAAUUGCUGCUUCUUGUGGGUCGAUGUCUCUAGACCGGUUUUACACUCGUUCGUCUCGGAGCGAGUCGAUCAGAUGGUUGAGAUGGGACUCGUCGAUGAAGUUCGCCGCAUCUUCGAUCCGUCCUCGUCUGAUUACUCCGCCGGCAUCCGCCGCGCAAUCGGAGUUCCGGAGCUCGACGAGUUUCUCCGAGCUGAGCUGCGGGAUUAUCCGGCGGAGACGACGGAGAGGCUUCUGGAGACGGCGAUCGAGAAAAUAAAGGUGAACAACUGUUUGCUAGCGUGCCGGCAACUGCAGAAGAUUCAGAGGCUUUACAAGCAGUGGAAAUGGAACAUGCACCGUGUCGACGCGACGGAUGUUUUUCUCCGGCGAGGAGAAGAGGCCGACGAGGCUUGGGAGAACACGGUGGCUCGCCCGAGCGUACUCGCCGUAGAUCGGUUCCUUAAUUACAGCAAUGAUCACCAUUUGCACGGCGCCGAUAUUCUUCUGCCGGAGAUUUCAGCCGUUCCCCCGCUUCCAGCCGCCGUGGCCGCGGUUUCCCGGUGA